GAGGAAGCCCGGCAGGAUGGAGGGCGAGGCCUGGCAGCUGUAGUGCGUCUGAGCUGUAGAGGAGCGGGUUGCGGAGCUAGGGCGGCCGAGAGCCAUGGCGGCGGUAGUGGCGGCGGCGGCGGCGGCAGUGCGAGCCAGGAUCCUGCAGGUUUCUUCCAAGGUGAAAUCCAAUUCCGCCUGGUAUUCAGCAUCUUCAUUCUCUUCUUCAGUGCCAGCUGUAAAGCUCUUCAUUGAUGGGAAAUUUGUUGAAUCCAAAAGUGACAAAUGGAUCGAGAUCCACAACCCAGCCACCAAUGAGGUCAUUGGUCGGGUCCCUCAGGCCACCAAGGCAGAAAUGGAUGCAGCCAUUGCUUCCUGCAAACGUGCUUUUCCUGCAUGGGCAGACACUUCAGUAUUAAGCCGCCAGCAGGUCUUGCUCCGCUAUCAACAACUUAUUAAAGAAAACUUGAAAGAAAUUGCCAAGUUAAUCACAUUGGAACAAGGGAAGACCCUAGCUGAUGCUGAAGGAGAUGUAUUUCGAGGCCUUCAGGUGGUUGAGCAUGCCUGUAGUGUGACAUCCCUCAUGAUGGGAGAGACCAUGCCAUCCAUCACCAAAGACAUGGACCUUUAUUCCUACCGUCUGCCUCUGGGAGUGUGUGCAGGCAUUGCUCCAUUCAAUUUUCCCGCCAUGAUCCCCCUUUGGAUGUUUCCCAUGGCCAUGGUGUGUGGAAAUACCUUCCUAAUGAAACCAUCCGAGCGAGUCCCUGGAGCAACUAUGCUUCUUGCUAAGUUGCUCCAGGAUUCUGGUGCCCCUGAUGGAACAUUAAACAUCAUCCAUGGACAACAUGAAGCUGUAAAUUUUAUUUGCGAUCAUCCGGACAUCAAAGCAAUCAGCUUUGUGGGAUCCAACCAGGCAGGAGAGUAUAUCUUCGAGAGAGGAUCAAGACAUGGCAAGAGGGUUCAAGCCAAUAUGGGAGCCAAGAACCAUGGGGUAGUCAUGCCAGAUGCCAAUAAGGAAAAUACCCUGAACCAGCUGGUUGGGGCAGCAUUUGGAGCUGCUGGUCAGCGCUGCAUGGCUCUUUCAACAGCAGUCCUUGUGGGAGAAGCCAAGAAGUGGCUGCCAGAGCUGGUGGAGCGUGCCAAAAACCUGAGAGUCAAUGCAGGAGAUCAGCCUGGAGCUGAUCUUGGCCCUCUGAUCACUCCCCAGGCCAAAGAGCGAGUCUGUAAUCUGAUUGAUAGUGGAACAAAGGAGGGAGCUUCCAUCCUUCUUGAUGGACGAAAAAUUAAAGUGAAAGGCUAUGAAAAUGGUAACUUUGUUGGACCAACCAUCAUCUCGAAUGUCAAGCCAAAUAUGACCUGUUACAAAGAGGAGAUUUUUGGUCCAGUUCUUGUGGUUCUGGAGACAGAAACAUUGGAUGAAGCCAUCCAGAUUGUAAAUAACAACCCAUAUGGAAAUGGAACUGCCAUCUUCACCACCAAUGGAGCUACUGCUCGGAAAUAUGCCCACUUGGUGGAUGUCGGACAGGUGGGAGUGAAUGUCCCCAUUCCAGUGCCUUUGCCAAUGUUCUCAUUCACCGGCUCUCGAUCCUCCUUCAGGGGAGACACCAAUUUCUAUGGCAAACAGGGCAUCCAAUUCUACACUCAGUUAAAGACCAUUACUUCUCAGUGGAAAGAAGAGGAUGCUACUCUUUCCUCACCUGCUGUUGCCAUGCCUACCAUGGGCCGUUAGACACAAGUUUGUUUAAGACUCAGUCCAUCCUGAGUAAUUUCCCUUUAUUUUUGAGCAGCUUCAUUUGUCAGCUUUGCUCAGAUCAGAUCUAUGGGACUGGACUACACUGUAACUGAAAUCUUCCUCAGGACUAUUAACCCCAGCAAAGUUUCUAUAGGGAGCUGCCUAGUGUAACAAUGAAACCAGAUUUUUCACUUGCUCUUCGUACAUUUUUGAGGUAACUGUUGUAACUAUGAAAUGCUUAUCUGAAAUUAGUGCUUAAACCUGAUUUCUAAAAAUUAUCCCCUUUUCUGAUGAUUUGAAGGGGAGAAACGCCAGUGUACGUAAAGAAAAUGUUCCGGCCAGGCGCAGUGGCUCAUGCCUGUAAUUCCAUCAUUUUGGGAGGCCAUGGUGGGCAGACUGCUUGAGCCCAGGAGUUGAAGACCAGCCUGGGCAACAUGGCGAAACCCUGUCUCUAUUUUAAAAAAUUGAAAAAGUAAAAAAAGAAAAGGGAAAAGUAUUUUUUUUAAAGAAAAUGUUCCAAUAAUUGCAAGAACUCUUAGAUGGGGAAACAGGACAGAAAUAACUCACUGUUUUUGGUUGAUCCUCAAACAUAGCACUACCUAAAUGCCACUGGGAGAGACCUCCUGCAAAGCUUUCUUUAGCCCCUCUUUUAUCCCACAAUACACAAGAUAUAAUCCAUUUUUAUAUAUCCCAAAGUUGUGGCAACAGCUUCUUUCUUUUCUGCUCAAUGCCACUUUGUUUCCUAGUAUUUCAUGACCACUAUUAGUUCUUUCAUUGUCACUGUUCCUGCUUCUUAAGAUCACUUCUCAAGGAUACCUCAGUAAGCAAUGGAUAAAUCAAAUCAACUUUUUGUUAUAUGUGCCAAGUACUAACUUUCAGGGUUCUCUUCAGCAAUCAUUAAUUAAUGAUUCAGCCAUUAAUUCAGAUGCAAAUAAUUUUCUUUUUUCUUUUUUUUGAGAUGGAGUUUCACUCUUGUUGCCCAGGCUGGAGUGCAAUGGUGCAAUCUCGGGUCACCGCAACCUCCGCCUCCCAGGAUCAAGCGAUUCUCCUGCCUCAGCCCCGCUAGUAGCUGGGAUUACAGGCAUGUGCCACCACGCCCAGCUAAUUUUGUAUUUUUAGUAGAGACGAAGUUUCUCCAUGUUGGUCAGGCUGGUCUCGAACUCCUGACCUCAGAUGAUCCACCUGCCUCGGCUUCCCAAAGUGCUGGGAUUACAGGCAUGAGCCACCGUGCCUGGCCAGAUGCAAAUAAUUUUCUUUAGAAAAUUAUUUCAAAAGUUAUUUUAGGUCCAGAAAUCAAGGAGUGUUCCAACCAUGAAAAUGGGUAAGACACCUGCCUUAAGCAAAUCUAACCUGCUAUUACUUGCCAAAUUUUAUAUAUUCUUUUCUCUUGCCUGUAUUUCUAAUUAGUGAUUUUUUUAAUAAAGAAUUCUUCAU